UUUUCUAAAAAAGAAAAAUUUAAAGACCACCAUGUCCCCAUUUCUUCUUACGCCAAUUUUCAACACUUGUUAGACCAAACCAAGAAAAAAGCUGUGUCCUUUAUGCUCGUUGCUCUUUGCUCCUUCUUUCUUUCUCUAUUUCCUUCUCUCUAUUUCUCUUCUCUCUCUCUCUCUCUCUCUCUCUCUCUCUCUCUCUCUCAGUAAGAAGUAUAUAUCAUAUAUGGCUGGGUACAAAGCUGAUGAUGACUAUGAUUACUUGUUCAAGCUGGUUUUGAUUGGUGAUUCUGGUGUAGGAAAAUCAAACCUGCUUUCCAGGUUCACGAGGAACGAGUUUAAUCUGGAGUCCAAGUCUACUAUUGGGGUGGAGUUUGCUACCAAGACUAUGAACGUUGAUGGAAAAACAAUUAAGGCUCAGAUUUGGGACACUGCUGGCCAAGAGAGAUAUCGAGCCAUUACAAGUGCAUACUAUCGAGGAGCUGUGGGUGCUUUGCUAGUGUAUGAUGUGACUCGGGGAGCCACAUUUGAGAAUGUAGCAAGGUGGUUGAAGGAGCUGAGGGACCAUACCGACCCCAACAUCGUAGUCAUGCUCAUUGGCAACAAAUCAGAUCUUCGCCAUCUGGUGGCCGUCUCAAAAGAGGAUGGUAAAUCUUUUGCUGAAAGAGAGUCCCUCUACUUCAUGGAAACUUCUGCAUUGGAAGCAACCAAUGUAGAAAAUGCAUUUACUGAAGUCUUGACUCAAAUAUACCGGGUGGUAAGCAAGAGGGCAGUUGAGGCAGGCAACAACGGAAGUGCUACUGCUGUUCCGUCCAAAGGACAGACCAUAAAUGUCAAAGAUGAUAGUUCUGUUUUUAAGAGAAUUGGAUGCUGCUCAAACUAGACUUGGUAAUUCUUUCUGCUGGUGUUUUUUUUAACUGUUUUUAUUUUAUUUUAUUUGUUUUUUUCCCUUCUCUUUGUAUAUGAUCACCGGCAGUGAAACUAGUAUGUCAGAUAUAUUGUUUGCAAAACUUGCCUACUAGGCAAGGGUCUGUAUACGUAACUUGUAGCCCCCAGGUGAUAUUUGUUUGCUUGUUAUAGUAUUUUAGCAAAUUCACCCCA